CUAGCGUCAUCUAUUCGUGUAUAUUGAUAUUAUCGCUAUAGCUUAAUAUAAUGCAUCCUUCACUGGAGAUUGAUAUAUCGGCUAUACUUUUACAGUUGAACUGCUCCGCGGAGCUGAUACACAAUGUAUCGGCACUGGAGCUUGAUUCGGACACUGAAAAUGGUGCAAAUGACAAGCAGCAGUACGGUGCUAUUCUUGCAGCAUGGUUGACAUGGAGAUUUGAUAAGCAGCUGGCCAUGAGCAUUUUACCAAGUCGACUGCUUCCUGAAAAUGCCAUGCCCACUAAACUGCUUAGAGAGGAAUCUCAACAAAUUUUAAGCACUGUUUUUUCAACAUUUGGUAUACAAUAUUCUAGUCACUCUCAAACGCUCCCUGAACUACUGUAUCAGCUUGCCAAACUGGUUGCAUUAUCUGCGAAAAUAUCGUCAUACUCUGAUACUCUUGCGCCAUUAAAGGCUACAGACAAUCUUGUCAUAUCCAAUAUGUCUGCGCUUACAGAGUCUAAUUUUGAAUGCUUAGAUGAUCAGUUUGCUUUUCUUACCCAAACCUCGGAUAUCUCACAUAUGGAUGAACCUACAACUGUUUUAAAACUACUCAUGUCAGACAUUGAUCGAAUGAAGAAUGAGCUUAAUCUCGUAAAGACUGCACAAGAUCACAAAAAGCAUAUUUUAGAUCCCGUGUUGCUUACUAAAGAGGAACAAUACUUGAAAACUCGAUCUCAACUUGAACUGCUUGGAAACCUCAUGAAUAGAUUCAACACCUGGUGCACCGAUUACAUUUCAUUGUCUACUGAAUUCUCCAGCUCUCAAGAUAUUCAAGAUUUUGGGAAAACUCUUGCCGAAUUUGCAAAUAGUAUCGAAAAGGCAGCUGACAUCUCAAAGAAACUGGACAUUCUCACGCUACUCGAGACUAAUGUUUCUUGUACCAUUUCUAAGCUUGAAGGACCAGAUGCAUUGAGUAUACAAGGGGAGUCGCUACCUGUUGCUCACGAUCAAGUGGCUCGAAUCAUCCACGCACUGGAGAUUUGACAGGUUUUAAUAUAUAACAAAAUAAUAAACUUAUUCACACUUACUGUACCCAA